CAAGAGGACGCCCUCCUGCCGCAGACUUCCUGCGCAAGCGCCAUCCCAUGUCCCCGCCCCCAAACCAAUUGGAAGCGGCGCCGCCUGGGCGCUUGGGGUACGACGCUGUGGGUGGGGUCAGGACGUGAGGGCAGCGCGCUGGCGUCAGAGGAGCGGCUAUAUAACUGAACACAGGCACCGCCCCUCUGCCCCAGUCACUGAGCCGCCGCCGAGGACUCAGCAGCCUCCCCCUUGAGCCCCCUCGCUUCCCGACGUUCCGUUCCCCCCUGCCCGCCUUCUCCCGCCGCCGCCGCCUUCCGCAGGCCGUUUCCACCGAGGAAAAGGAAUCGUAUCGUAUGUCCGCUAUCCAGAACCUCCACUCUUUCGACCCCUUUGCUGAUGCAAGUAAGGGUGAUGACCUGCUUCCUGCUGGCACUGAGGAUUAUAUCCAUAUAAGAAUUCAACAGAGAAACGGCAGGAAGACCCUUACUACUGUCCAAGGGAUCGCUGAUGAUUACGAUAAAAAGAAACUAGUGAAGGCGUUUAAGAAAAAGUUUGCCUGCAAUGGUACUGUAAUUGAGCAUCCGGAAUAUGGAGAAGUAAUUCAGCUACAGGGUGACCAACGCAAGAACAUAUGCCAGUUCCUCGUAGAGAUUGGACUGGCUAAGGACGAUCAGCUGAAGGUUCAUGGGUUUUAAGUGCUUGUGGCUCACUGAAGCUUAAGUGAGGAUUUCCUUGCAAUGAGUAGAAUUUCCCUUCUGUCCCUUGUCACAAGUUUAAAAACCUCACAGCUUGUAUAAUGUAACCAUUUGGGGUCGGCUUUUAACUUGGACUAGUGUAACUCCUUCAUGCAAUAAACUGAAAAGAGCCAUGCUGUCUAGUCUUGAAGUCCCUCAUUUAAACAGAGGUCAAGCAAUAGGCGCCUGGCAGUGUCAAGCCUGAAACCAAGCAAUACUGUCAUGUUUCAGCCAAGCCCAGAGCCCUAAGAUUGCAAACAACUAUGGCCGGAACCUCCUCAGCUCUCCCUCUGCAGAGUUCCCUACCCUAAGAGAAUGUUACCACCUGAACAGUCCUCGGUGAAUAUGAGAGGAGAGGAUGUAAGGCAGAAGCACCAGCUGUACUACUAGAAGGGAGCUUUUGGUGGUAGAUCCCCUGGUGUCUCCAACCUGACUAGGUGGACAGAGCUCAAAGAGGCCCUCUUCCACUAGCGAGGUGAUAGGACAUCUGGCUUGCCACAAAGGUCUGUUUGACCAGACAUAUCCUAGCUAAGGGAUGUCCAAACAUCAGAAUGUGAGGCCAACCUUCUAUCAGAGUUAAACUUUUGACAAGGGAACAAAUCUCAAACUGAUCCAUCAGUCAUGUAGCUAGCUGUAGAGCUUGCAACUUAAUAGCAGCAGCUGCCCAAUGCCAUGUGAAGUAACAAACUGGUUUUUGGUUUUUUUUCCCCUUCAGUUUUAAUGUUAUGUGUAAUGUAUUUAAACCCUUAUUUAAAUAAAACUUGUUUUCAGAAAUA